GAGUGCAUAUUGUCUUUUUCCAGAAAAUGACAUCUUUCAAUAUUGUGUACAGUGUAUAUGAAUACAGAGUAAGCUACUUAUCCCGUAUUUGAAGAUAUAAAGCUAGAGGAAGUAAUUACAAGAACCAAAGAUAUGGAAUUUACACCUGGAAAACUGAAGCUUGUUGCAGCGUUGUUUGUCAUGGUUUUCUGCUCUGCAGGAUUUCAUAUUGUCUCAAGAAUUGCUCUCAAUAUUGGUGUCAGCAAACUUGUUUUUAUACUUUACAGAAACAUCACUGCUUUACUUCUUUUAGGACCUUUUGCUUAUUUUUUAGAAAAGAAGGAUAGACCACCCCUCACAUUUUCCCUGUUGGUUCAGUUUUUCCUCCUCGGUUUAAUAGGAGUCACAGCAAACCAAUCACUUUAUAUCUUAGGGUUGUAUUAUACAUCACCUACCUAUGCAUCAGCUAUACAAAACUCAGUUCCUGCAAUUACUUUUGUCAUGGCUUCUGUUUUAAGGUUAGAAGAAGUGCAUAUUAAGAGGAGGGAUGGCAUGGCAAAAAUUAUGGGAACCAUAGCAAGUGUUGGAGGUGCCACAAUAAUCGCUCUAUACAAAGGCCCUCCCCUUCUAAGAGGAAGCGGCUUUUCUUCGGAUGUAACUUUUACUUCUCCAGAGAAAAUGCUGAAUAGGACAUGGGGUUGUGUUUACAUUAUUGCUCAGUGCUUAUCAUAUGCUAGUUGGAUGGUGCUUCAGGUUCCUAUGAUGAAAAGUUACCCCGCGAAACUGUCACUUAUCUCAUUUACAUGCUUCUUUGGAGUAAUCCAGCUCCUAGUUGUAACUGCUUUUACAGAAAGGGAUCCAAGAAACUGGCGAAUUCAGUCUGGUGAGGAGGUUUUGACGAUUCUUUAUGUUGGUAUCAUAAAUUCUGGAGUUGUAUAUUCUCUCGUGACUUGGUGCAUUCAGAAAGGAGGGCCAGUGUUGACCGCCACGUUCCAGCCUCUGCAAACAGUAGUAGUUGCUGUCAUGGCCUUUGUAUUUCUUGGUGAUCAGUUGUAUUCAGGCGGGCUAUUUGGGGGGAUUCUGGUUGCGGCAGGGCUUUACCUAGUCUUAUGGGGUAAAACUGAAGAGGAAAAAAUUGUGAACCAAGAUAAAGAAGGAGCAACAUUGAGAAAACAUCUUGUUGAUCAAGAAAACACAGAGGAAUGCCCUAUUACAGUUCAGGUCUAAUAACAAUUCAUCUACUAAAUUAAUAUGUUAGGACAGUUCGUCUGUACGGCUGGUUUGGGACAAGGCUGCCAGCUUAACAACAUGUAUAUUCAGAUACAUUCUUCAUUUCAUUUCUUUUCUUUUUUAGUUUGAAAACAAAAGUCAAUGUAUUUUGGCAUGAACCUUGCAAGUGUAGUACUUAGUAUGAAAAUUUGUAAGACAAGACUAAUUCCUACAACUAUAUGCUUAACUAGUACUCAGUA